CCUCCAGUGAACUAAAGAGGAAGGAAAGACUUUGAUCAAGAGUCAGGCUGGUGGCGUUGUCAGAUGGAGAGCUGGUGUCUGUGGUGUGGGGCCCGGGUGGGAUACCUGAACCCUCCCUUCUGGCUCCCAGCUCUGUGGUUCCUCCGUUUGCUGCUGGUACCCUGGACCCUGCAGCUAGCAGGAGGGAUAUCAGUGACCCACACCGGCCUCCCUAUCAUGGUCUCUCUGGCCAACACAGCUGUCUCCUUUAGCUGCAGAGUCAACCAUCAGGACACUCCAGAAUUCAAGGGCUUCACUGUUAGCUUCUUUCAUGAAGAUCUCCACGGCAAGAGAAGCUUAGAGAAGCCAAUUUACUGUCAACACCAUCCUGGCAUGGAGAACCACACCCUGGAUUGUGUGGUUAAUCUCAGCCUGCCAAAUGCAUCUGCCACGGGCACUUACUAUUGCUUAGUCCAAGGGCCCAUCUCGGUGCAGGGCAGUGGUACCUUCAUUCUGAUCAGAGACACAGCAUACCAGCCACCUUCAUUCAAGCUCCAGGAGGGCCUACUGUUUGGCUUCACUGGCCUGCUGAGUAUCCUGAGUGUGCUGGGCACAGCUCUACUGUUUUGGAAGAAGAAACAGAUGUCAGCUCUGGGCAAGCACAUCACCAGGACAUGCCUUGAUCCUAAAUCCACCAGCAGAAUCACCAAGCCUCCAGCAGAACCCAUCUACACGGGCCUGCAGCGUCGAGAGACAGAGGUCUAUGCCUGCAUUGAGGCAGAGACUGGCAUCUCUGUCUCCAGCCAAAGUCCUCCCUCCAAGGACAAACUGAAUAGGUUUGAGGAAGACAAUGAAUUUAACCUCGUCUAUGAAAAUCUCUAGGAGAAAUUCUAUAGGCCCCAAGCCUUGUCUUGGAUUAGGACCCCAGAGCCCCUUCUGUUGGCCAAGGACCUGAUCUGGGCCAGGAGUAGGGCCUGGCGGACAUGCCGUCACCUCACCUGCACAUGGCUCUCCCUGCCUUGGCCUGGUCUGCUCUCACAUUCUUCAUGCCAGCAUAUAGUUCACAUCUCUGGGCCUUUGCCCAGUCUGUUUCCUCCAUCAAGAGAGCCAUUCUUCCUCUGGCCCUCUGGACACAGUGCUCCUCAGUCCCACCGGGCUCUUGUGGACACUAACUCUUUACCUUUGCAUCUCUCACUGCCAUCCCCUGCAGAGCUGUGUACGUGGCUCUCUUGGCACCACCUUGGUUCACAGGCAGACGUACCCCUAGGAGAAAACAGUGGGACCCCUGUCAGGCCCAUGGCUGGCAACUAAGCCAUACUACCUGCUCAGUCAGCCCGAAGGCACAAGGUGGCCACACAUUGGGUAGAACUGGAAAAUGGUAUGGCUAAGGAGAGAUGAAAAUGGGCAUCAAAGAACUGCACAAAAUCUGGCUGGGCCCAGGGCAGAUUUGGAGGCUUAGGAUAUGACAAGUGGUGUGGUGAACCAGGGCCAGGCGCAGGGAGGUCCCAUCAAUGCUGGUGAGAAAGGAGAGUCUAGCUUUUUGGGGGUAGGGGUGGAGUGCUGACUAAACAGGAGCUUCCUUCCCCCAACAAGAACCCUCAGCUAGUUUCCCAUCAGCCUGUGCGGGUACUUACCUCCUGUGCCUACUGCCCUUGAUUCUCCAGGCCUCUGCUCCUUAUUCUACCCUAGGACCCAGUUCCCUCAAAUCCCCUCCUUGUGGCCUAUUCUGACCCCACCAUCUGCAGCUCCAUCCCAUUUUCCUCUGUCUUUAUUUAUUUGCUUUUGGCCCAUCCUGCUUCUGCUUCAGAUGGAGGCCAGCCUAGCUGUCUGCUACCUCUGUGUGGCUUGUGCUCUGCCUCCUGGGGUAGGCGGGCUAGUCUCUGUGCUGGAGAAGCCCAAGCCAGGGUGGACUUUCUGCCCCUCAGGAACUCACUGAAGGCCCUCAUCUUACCCUCCAGGCACCCCUGCAAUAGGAAAACCAACUCCUUGGAAGACAGGGACUGAAGGUCUCAGUGUUUGGA